CCGCGCGGCGCUGCCGUGGCGCUGGGCGGGUGGAUGAGCCGGGUGGGUAAGGGGGAGCCAUAGCUAAGCUGUGGCUGCCCCGCUGAGCCACGCUUCCCGCAGGCGUUGCUCCCGUCCCCCUGCUCCUCCUGCUCUCUCGGCAGUUCCGGGCACGGCCAUGAGGCGCGCGGGGCUGGGUGAUGGAGUUGGUACCUAUGGGUACACUAACAGUGGAUACAGUGUUUAUGAAGAAGAAAAUGAAAGGUUAACAGAAAGUCUGCGUACAAAAGUUAGUGCCAUUAAAUCGCUUUCCAUUGAAAUUGGAACAGAAGUUAAAAACCAAAAUAAGAUGUUAUCAGAAAUGGAUAAUGAUUUUGACUCUACGGGUGGACUCCUAGGUGCAACUAUGAGCAGACUGAGAACACUGUCCAGAGGAAGCCAGACAAAGCUGUUAUGCUACAUGAUGCUCUUUGCAAUGUUUGUUUUUUUGGUUAUAUACUGGAUUAUUAAACUGAGGUGAUGCAUGUUACCUUUGGUUUAAAUUGUGUAAUUUCAACUAUAAAGCAGUCUUAAUGAAGACAUUGAUCUAAAGAGGCAUAUUUUGUUGAUAAAACACAGUGAAAUUGUUGUAAUUUGCAUUAGCUAUUAAUGCAAUGUUAUAUAUUGUUUUCUUAAUGUAGCAGAAUUUUUCCCAUCAUCCCCUAUUUUGGGGGGAUAGUUUGUAAAUUGCAGAAACUGCUAGCAUAGUAGGUUGGUUUUUUAAGGGAAAAUAGUUUUUAGAAUUGAUUUUUAAAAAUAGAGAAAACAAUAGUUGUUUGGAUAUGAAGCAAUUGCAGAAUUAGAAGGCUUUUCUCUUUCUGCUUUUUAUUCUGGGCCAUGCUCUAAAUUAGAGCUCCAGUUUCAGGCAUGUAGUAAUUUCUGGAUUGCAAAAGCAUGAGGAAUACCUGGACCUUUUUAAAUCAGUUGUACCUGGAUUGUUAAAAGGUUGAUUGGCCUGAAUCUAACAAAUAUAAUAGUGGUACCCUUAAAAAUCAGCUUUGUGGAUAGGUUUGAUGCUGUACUUGUUGAAGUAGCUUAAACUGUGGUUUAUGAAGAAGUCACUUAAAACUGGAUUAAUUUUUUUUUUAAUUUACAAAUUGUGCUUAUGCCUCCACUCUUUUACGCAAAUGCCUUUGGUCAUUGGGAUCAACCAGUAUGGACACAGUACAAAUGUUUUCUUUAUAUUUAAAGUAUCUAAAACUUAAUUAUUCCAUUGAAUCACUAGAACUUUUACUAUUAGUAAUGUUCACUUUUCAGUCUGUGAUGAUUCCUAAACCUACAUUGCAUGGUGUCUGAAAUAAGAAUUUUCUAUUGAAGUAUAUUAUGGUGCACCUGUUAGAGGUGCUGUCAUAUUAAGGUUUUUUUACUUUUACUUUGGCUGACCAAGUAGUUUCUAAUAGUUGAAGCUAUUACAUUGCUGAGUUGAACAUUGGAGAAAUUAAUUUUCCCAGAUAUUGAAAUUGUAAACAGUUUUGAAAAUUUUUUCUAGAAACACUGUAUAAGAUACUGCCAUCAAUAACUCCUUACAAACUGACAAAUAAAGUGUCCUAUAGUAUUGUA